CCUGAAGAUGAAACCAUAGUCGUAGGCAUGACCAAUGGGGUGCUAAAUGUUAAACACAGAAAACCUGAAGAAGGGAAAGAAAAGUCUCUGAGGAGACAACCAGCGUAUAGAACCCAUGUGAAAGGAAGAACCUACAUGCCAAAACAGGAAGAUUUCUGUGUCAGCAAACCUGUAAAACGUGUUUUGAGGAAGUAUGACAAGCUGCUGAAGAGCUUUCAGUCUUCCAAGGCCCUUGAUGCGGUACUGGAGCCACCCAUCAGGCUUCAUACUCCUGAAGUUACGGUUGCAGUCAUGCAGGAACUACAUCGCAGAGGAACACUGAGGAGUGCGCUUGCAGGCCGAGAUGAGAAGCAAAUUAAUCUUCUUCUUACCUUUGUGGCAAGACGUGUGAUUGAGCCUAGAUUUACUCCUGUACUGGUGACUGUUGCAGAUAUGAUCACUGACAUAUAUCAACCUGUGGUUGGGCAGUCAGCGAUUGUUGAUAGACAGUUCUUGAGGCUUCAGGAAGCCAUAGGAAAAGAGAUCGACUAUCAGGAGGAACUACUAGAAGUUUUGGGAAUGAUGGAUACACUGUUUGCUACUUUUACUAAAGCUACUUAUCCAGAAGAGAACAAAAGUAAUGGUCUUACAGAGACCAUUCAAACAAAUACGAAUAACUGA